AUGCCGACGUACCAGCCAACCGGGAUGAGAUUGUCACUCUCCUCGACCGUCGCCGUCGUCAUGACGAGCUACCGGUCUCCGAAAAUGCCCCCGCAGACAUGGAAGAAUGCUUACAGCUUUCCCACUUCUACCGCCAACUCGAGUAUCUCCUCAACGUCUACUGCUCCCAAGCCUCCUGCCCACCCGGCGUGUCGCAAGAAACAUGGGAACAGAACCGUCCCAUCAACCCCUCUAAUACUGAAAAGGCCCGUAUCCUCCGCGCGCUCUGCCGUCUUCAAACCUACUGCAACAUCUUCGGCGCCCGAGAAUGGAGCGAAGAGCACGCCACCGACGCAGAUCCUCAAGCUGAUGUGGAGUAUGAUCUUCGGCACCAUGCCUCCCUGGGAGGUUGAAGAAUUCGGCUGUCUCUGGGUUUUCCUCCAACAGCAGUAUACGGAGAUCUUCUCCGAGAUUGCCCAGGAGUUCCCCCGGAACAGUCACGAAUGGCAAUCUCUUCGACCCACGGUCGACGGCAUGGAACUGUUCCCCAGCGUUGACGGCGAUGGAAGCGACGGCAACGACUACAACGACUACCGCAACCACCUCGUCUCGCUGGGUCCAUCCUUCCUCUACAAAGUCCUCCGUCAACCAUCCUACGAGGCACGCCGCAACCUCAUCGCCUGUAAUGCCGUCUCCUCCAAAUCCUCCUUUAUGAUCCUCGUCCAGGUCUCCCGGGACCCCCCAUCCCUCCUCUACCCAGCCGACAAGUACGAAAGCGAAGACAUCGGCAGAACUCUCCCGCUCAUGCCGGCCAUCGAGCAACCCAACAGCGGCUGGAAGCACCACUGGCACGGCUACGGGCCCAUCCACCGCGUCCGGGAAGUCGUCCGCAGCGACAACCUCCAGGAACCCUGGAUCGAGCGGACGAUCGGAAACUCCGCUGGAUGGCAAUGGGGGUACGCGAUCUGGGACGAGGAACGAAAUGCGGCCGGUCACCGCCUUUAA